GGCUUCAUGCCGGAAGUGUUCACCGGUAGUUGUUUCGAAUGGCCGCCUAGCCGAUAGGGGAUGCGCGGGCAACCGGAGGCGAGGAAUCAAAUCGAAGGUUAGCGAUUCCAAGGGCAGUUUCGCGCUGGGACUGAGCGGCUAACCGCCCAGUCAGAUCAUGGGUCUGACCGAGCACUGGGGAGAAUGGUUCCUGAGCCAUCGAGUACACCCCGCCGGGGUGUUUGGUGUGGCCUUCCUUGCCCGAGUCGCCCUGGUUUUCUACGGGGUUUUCCAGGAUCGGACCCUGCGCGUAAGGUACACAGACAUCGACUACCACGUCUUCACAGACGCCGCGCGUUUCGUCACGGAGGGCCGCUCGCCUUACCUGAGGGCGACCUACCGUUACACGCCACUGCUUGGGUGGCUCCUCACUCCCAACAUCUACCUCAAUGACCUCUUUGGAAAGUUUCUCUUCAUCAGCUGCGACCUUCUUACAGCUUUCCUGUUAUACCGCCUGUUGCUGCUUAAGGGGUUAGAUCGCCGCCAGGCUUGUGGUUACUGUGUCUUUUGGCUUCUUAACCCCUUGCCUAUGGCGGUAUCCAGCCGCGGCAAUGCGGACUCGAUCGUCGCCUCCCUGGUGCUUAUGGCUCUGUACCUAAUAGAAAAAAGACUCGUCGCGUGUGCCGCUGUAUUGUAUGGUUUCGCAGUGCAUAUGAAGAUGUAUCCGGUGACCUAUAUCCUCCCCAUAGCCCUCCACUUGCUUCCCGAACGCGACAAUGACAGAAGCCUCUGUCCAUCCCGGUAUUCCUUCCAGGCUCGUUUCCACCAAUUUCUGAAGAGGCUGUGUGAUCGGGCUGUGCUGCUCUUUGUAGCAGUUGCUGGACUCACAUUUUUUGCCCUAGGUUUUGGUUUUUACUAUAAAUAUGGUUGGGAAUUUUUGGAGCACACCUACCUUUAUCACCUGACUAGACGAGAUAUACGUCACAACUUUUCUCCAUACUUCUACAUGCUGUAUUUGACCUCAGAGAGCAAGUGGAGUUUUUGUCUGGGAAUUGCUGCAUUUCUACCACAGUUAAUCUUGCUUUCAGCAGUGUCUUUCGCCUAUUACAAAGACCUUGUCUUUUGUUGUUUUCUUCAUACGUCAGUUUUUGUGACUUUUAACAAAGUCUGCACCUCCCAGUACUUUCUUUGGUACCUCUGCCUACUGCCCCUUGUGAUGCCACUAGUGAGAAUGCCUUGGAAAAGAGCUGCUGUUCUCCUAAUGCUGUGGUUUAUAGGGCAGGCUUUAUGGCUGGUUCCUGCAUAUCUUCUUGAGUUUCAAGGAAAGAACACCUUUUUAUUUAUCUGGUUAGCUGGUUUGUUCUUCCUUCUUAUCAACUCUUCCAUCCUAAUUCAAAUUAUUUCCCAUUACAAGGAGAAACCCCUGACAGAGAGACUCAAAUAUGACUAAUACAUGCUCCAGUUCUUCUGCCACUUCUACUACAUUAUGAUUGUUCUGAAUGGACCAGGAGAGAGCUCUGGAAAAUUUUUAAACAUCCUAAGCACUCUAGUGAUUGUUCAGUUUGAAGCAUAAUACCUUGAUCCAACAAAUUAAAAUAAAUGUCUGCCUUGUGUAUAAAGGGGACUAAGUAUUAACAUCCACCCUUUAGGAAAUGAAAGGGCUGUUUGAAAAUGGAAGGACUGAUGAAACUAUUGGAUAUGAAAAUGUUUUUGUAGAAAAAUACAUUUUAUAGAAAUGUAGUCAGAGACAUAAGGUCUAAAUAUUUGUUCCAGUUAUACUAUGCUACUGUCUGAAGCAGUCUUCUUUUAACGCCCACUUUUUCUUUCUAAAGCUUUCCUGAUAGCUGUGGAAACUCAAAAAAUGUUCCUAAAACACAGCUUUUAGAUAUAAAGUGUUCAGUAAUACUACUGUAUGUGUUUAGGUUGGGAAAAUUAGUUCUCUAUUAAAAGUGGUGGCUUAGGAGAUCAAGAACCCAAAGAAUUUAAAGUGUAGUCCUGUUUCAUGUAUUUGUUUUAUAACUUAGUUUUUCAGUGUUU